GCAGUGCUGAUGCUGCUAGCAGGUCGCCCCGCGUCGAAGCGGCAGUGUUCAGCGCGAAGUCCUUGCGAUAGGUCGAUAGUUUUGCUGUGGACCUCCGCGAGUGUUUCGUUCAUAAGUGCGCGCUAGCUGUUCAAUACCGACAUACGAUUUAGUGUUAUAACUCGGUUCCAAUAUUUUCGUCUUUAAAGGACAAACCAGUGAUUUUAUUUUGUGGAAGUCAUCGUCAAAAUUACAUGAAGAAUGAUGAGCAAUGGCGCCGCUAACCAACAUUAACCAGUUGAUGUUCCUGAUGGAGGGACUCUGUGAUUCUCUUCCACUGCACUUGCCAGAUACAUCGUCGGCGUAUAUGGGAAGAUUGCCAGAGAUUAAGUGAGAUGGUGUGGAAGCAGAUGGGAGAAAAGAUGUCGUUUCCUUCCCAACACCUUUAUCUCCGUGAUGAUCAGCGUGAUAUGCAAGCGGACGAGAUGAUGUUUGUCCACUACGUUUUUUAAUUUUGUGUUCCAAGAACUUUAAACUACUGGUAUCCAGAAGAUGUAUUAUCAAGGACAAAUUUAACGUGCUUCUAGGGCAAAAGGACUGUAAUAAUCUUGAGGUGUAUUAUGGGAUGGCGUCCAUUCCUAACGUUAAGAUCGCUGAUCAAUCUGGUGGACAUCGCCUUCUUCACACAUCUUCCUCUUCGACGUCGUCACUCGCUGACACUACAGCCACAAUUCCGACGUCACUUUUGGACGCCAUAUUGGACAACAUAACGUCGUCUGUGCCACCAUUAGCAGAUGAGGAACAGGAAUGGACAGACGUGUUGGCUCUGAUCUUGAAGGCAGGUGCAAUGGGAUUCAUCAUCAUAGCUGCCAUCUUCGGCAACUUGCUAGUUAUAGUAAGUGUCAUGAGGCAUCGGAAAUUACGCAUAAUUACGAACUACUUUGUGGUGUCUCUGGCACUGGCAGACAUGCUUGUUGCUAUGGUUGCGAUGACGUUCAAUGCAAGUGUUCAACUAACUGGACGCUGGAUGUUCGGAUAUUUCAUGUGUGACGUGUGGAACUCUCUGGACGUGUACUUCUCAACAGCUUCCAUUCUUCAUCUGUGUUGUAUAAGUGUGGACAGGUAUUACGCCAUCGUGAAGCCACUCAAAUAUCCCAUAAACAUGACGAAGCGAGUCGUAGCAUUUAUGCUCUUGAACACGUGGAUUUUUCCAGCUAUCAUAGCUUUCGUUCCCAUAUUUCUAGGUUGGUACACUACUGAAGAAAAUCAGUUGUUUAGGUUAAAGAACCCUGAUCUUUGCGAGUUCAAAGUGAAUAAGGUUUAUGUAAUUGUUUCCUCGUCAAUCUCAUUUUGGAUCCCAUGUACCAUUAUGGUGUUCACGUAUUUGGCCAUAUUUAAAGAGGCGAAUAGACAAGAAAAACAGCUUCAUUCGAGGAUAGGGAACGCCAUGUUGAUGAACCAACACAGAAACAGUAGAGAGUACAAUAACAGUAAUGGUGACGUCCUAAGUAGCAGUGGAGGAUCCUCAAAAACAUUAACCAUGCACGAGGUACAUCACGGAGACCUCCACUCCACCCCUACCAAAGACCGGAAUAUCAUCAAGAUGAAGCGUGAACACAAAGCUGCGAGGACGUUGGGCAUUAUCAUGGGGACAUUCAUCCUGUGUUGGCUGCCCUUCUUUUUGUGGUACGUGAGUACGACGCUUUGCGGGCAGGCGUGUCCCUGCCCGGACAUAGUGGUUUCUGUGGUCUUCUGGAUCGGCUACUUCAAUUCAACGCUGAAUCCCCUCAUCUACGCGUAUUUCAACAGGGAUUUCAGGGAGGCUUUCAAGAACACUCUUCAGUGCGCCUUCUGCAGUUUGUGCCGACGCCCACCGUCGGAUCUUGACGCCCUGGACGUGCGCCGUCACUCUCUCCGUUACGACGAGAGGACACGCAGCAUCUACUCGGAAACAUACCUGAAACACAUCGACAGGCGUAGGUCCAGCGAGUUCGGCAGUAGUCUGUGAUGAGGGCCUCUGCCGUAGAGACCUCAAUGCUGGGUUAGUGGUGAACCGGGUGCCUGAUUACGAAGCGGGAGCCGGGAGUUACUGCCAUGAUAUCAGGUUCUCACGGCGGCUGGAACGAUGAUGACUGAUUUCUGGGAUGUUGUAAAAGUUCUAGGGCCUGUAGGCGAGAGUAAGUACCUCCAAAACGUCGGUCGUUUCUCACCACUUUGCACGGCAAGAUGCCCCAAAAGAAAAUAAUCUUCGUGUUGUAGACUGCUGUCUUCUGGGUUGUAGCGCCGUGUAGUCUGGUAAAAGAUUAUUAACGUUCUAGAGGGCCUUGCUACGUCCAUCAUCGGGUGUGACUUACCGCCGUGAGAACCUCAGAUGCUACUAUCUCCGAAUUGUAUUACAUCUGGAGACUGAUACGGAGCACAAUUAUAUUAGGGGAAGAAAAUUAAUAAAGUAAAAUACGCGGAAAGUUUUAGUAUGUAAUACUGCCAUGAACACAUGAACACAAAUGGUAUGAGAAUAUUAAAUGAAUUUUUAAUGCUAUAUGAGAGAGUAAGCUGGAUUGAGGUGGCUCGGAAUAGUAACUAGCUCCUGUCUUACGCGAAGGCUUGGUUCACCAAUUUGAUUGGUUCCUUCUAAAUGGUUAUAAUUGUCGUAAAAUCCUGUAACUACGUGACAGUUUUCUGACUAUGAGAUUUCUUCACGCUUAUCGGAAAUUUUAUAAAAACUGUGAAGUGUAAAUACGUCUCAGUAAACAGAAGAAGAUCACGUGACAUGAAAAUUUCCACUAAAUUGCGUAAUUAAAGCUGAAAGGGUAGGAAUUUCAUCAAGGCUACGAAGUAGACCUCUGUAGUAUUUUAAUUUGAAAUACCCUUACAGAGAUGCGUAAUAUAUUGAGAGGAAUACCAAAAUAGCAGAAUGGAAAUUGGACUACUCCCUGAAGUUUAAAUGUGGUAUUCAGAAUCGUCGAACAAGAAAAUGAACACACAUAGUUUAUUUACAGCCAGCAGCAAAAUAUUAUUCACGACAUGUUUAUGUGUAUCUGAGGCUUAAGGCUUGUACUCACGAAGAUGCUGAUUGAAAUCUUCUGGUCUGUGAUGCUCUGUGGUCUUACCCUGAAGAUUAAACGGGCACUUCCAUCAUUGACUUUGAUGACCAUCUAUAAGACCACAGAGUAUCACAAUCUAAAAGACCACAAUCAAUAUUUUCACCGUCGUGAAACAAAAAAUCUCAGUCAAGAUGGCCACAAUCGACAUGUUGUUUCCUCCUCGUCAUUUAUUUUUUUCUAAAAUAUUCCUGGAAUCAAUUACCUUAAAACUUCUUCGCCAGAAGCUGCAGGUAAGCCACCGGGAAGGAACAUAAACAUUCUCUAAUCGCGGUAGGAUAUUUCCACGAGCAUUGAAUGUUUCUCCCUAAAAGUACAGUGCAGAUAAAGUGAUAUAUGUUCGAUAUAAAUAAUUUUUGUAAACGUACGGUUGAUUUCAUUAAUAAUCAAGUGUACGUAGAUACCAUUCUUCUUAAUUAUAACAUUUUUACAUUUAUAUUAGAGUUUAAUCUCAAUUAACCGACGAUUUUGAGUCAUAUAAAAAGUACUUUUAAUUAUGAAACAGCGGUAAUACCUGAUAUAAAUCAAAGUUUGAAUUUACCGUUUUAAUGUAAAUACAGCGCUGAGGUACUUGAUGCUAAUUUGCUAUGAAUUAGCAGAGGAUUCCUCGUCUGGUUCGUCUAAUGCCCGAUUUUUCAACGUCUGCGGUGUGUCGUGCCCUCAGUACGCGUAUUUAUUCAAAACGGAAUUUCUUAACGUGAAUGUUAGUUCAAAUUUACAGUGUAUUUGUUUCAUGAAUUCUGGUGUUUGCCGUAUUCUUUAAGUGUGAAAAUUCUCUUCUGUGUUCAUGUUUGUAGCAAGAACAGUGUCUAAUGGAAAUUUUAAAUGAGACACUGUCCCUAAUGAAACUACUGUAAAUUUGAACUAAAUGACAUUUUUUAAAACUCAGGUGCGGAAUGAUAAUCCAGUUAGUUUUGUAUCGUAGAGAUUUAGCACUGUCAAAAUUCUUCUCGUUAGGAGCUUAGAGAAUACUUCACUUCGUUGUAUGAUGUGACGAAAUUAACCAAAGAAUGAGGCAUGAAGCCCUAAGAGCAUUAAAGUUCUAAAAAUAUUUUUUGUUUUCGAAUAUUAGUCAACGUAAGCUGUUAUAUAUUAAAACGAAAAUUGUCUUGUAUAAGAAUUAACUCUUUAUAGGACAUUGAUAUCUAUUAUUAUCACCUGCUGUAACGACCAGUAACCUCAUAUUUUCUUAAAAAAAUUUUAUCCUGAACAUCAUUUAACUGGCUUAUUUUAUGGGUAGAAAUAAUUUUUUUUAAAGGAUGGAAAAGAAAUAUGAAUUACAGACACGACCGUCAAGAAAUAUAAAGUAGUUGAGGGAAUUUCAUUAUCAAAUACGAUAAAUAUCGAUUUAUUCCACUAAUUACACUCAUCUUAUAUGAUAUUCCACCAUCUAGUGGACUGUGAUAUCAUCUUAGAAGUGUUACUCUGACUUUGGAAUACAGAGUCAUCAAUUUCUCAUCUCUUUUGUUUUAAAUGUGUAACUCAGGGGAUGUAGAAAGGAUAAUUUUGCCUUUGUUUUUCGUAAUUGAAAUCAUAUCAAUUUAUCUUCCAUUAAUUUCUAAGUUAUGGUUCAAUGGAUGGUGGAAUAUUUUCAAAUCGAUAAAGAAGAAGAAGAGGAAUGUGAUGCUGGUAUCAAGUAGAGACAAAUAUUUCUUUGUACAUGACAGAAAUGAUUUUGUUGGUUCGUGUCCUAUAAAGAAUUGACUGCUUUUUGUAAAUUAUUCGUUUUACGUAUGGUUGUAUUGCUAAAAUCGUGAAUUUGUGUUGGAAAACAGGUCUGUUCUGUAAACAGAAUUACCUUGACUUGGAAAAAAGUUAAUUGUUUCCGUCGUAACGAAACCAGUAGCCUAAAUACGUAAGGAAAUAGUCUAUGAACAAGUCUCAGGUUAUGAGAAAAGUAAAUUUGAAGUUAAUAUUAUUACAGAAUUAAAGACAAUUUUGUUGAAAAUUGAUCCAUAUGGACACUGCACACCUCUUAAAAUAUAAAAUAACAAAACAACGUUUCGGAAGAUGCAUUAUGUUUUUUUUAAGGAAAAAUAUGUCUGUGUCUAGCUCAGAGGCUAUACACAUAAAAAGAAACUCUAAAACAUCAUAAAAUAUCAUCAGAAUACUGUAUUUUAAAGGCGUUCUCUUUGGGGUAUACUUAACAGUUAAGAGGGCUUCUUUAAGUCACAUCACGUACCUCAACAACGGCCUCCUUCCGUUGUUGCGCGAAAGUGUUCCGACAAUGUUAUCGUUGUUGCAUCGAUGACCCCUGGUCGUGCGGGCUGUCUGUAUCCUAGGAUAAGCGCGUGACGCAGACAGAUUUAUACGGUCCAUAAGGUUUUGUUUGUCUUGCGCUGGGAAGGUUAAUAAUAUCUGUUAUUUAAUAUAGACAAAUAAAUAUUACUCAUUUUAAUAAUAUCAUUUUAGAUAAAUCAUUUGGCUCAUGUGUGUGAAAUUGCUUUGGUUUUCAGGCUAAAUAGUUAGGCCGAUUAAGUUAUCGUAAUUACAUGUUAUCUCCUCAGCAACACGAUUUAGUACCCAUAUGUAAAUAAGGUGUAUAUAUAAGCUUCAAGCGAAAUACUCUCACUCAAUGGGGAAAUGGGAUAGUAAGCAUUUUCCGAUGUAAUACUAAAUCCCAUCAGCAGCUGUAGGUUUAUGAAUGUUACCAGAUUUGAAGGUGUUUUAUAUUAAAUCCUAUAGCUUAAUGGCAUGUAGGUGUAAUUUAAUAAAACUGCCCGUGGGUCGAGUCCCGUUUCGGACAUUAUUUUUGGUCAGAAAUACUGAGAUGUAGGUAUCUGGACUAAAUGCGGGUAGUCGUGGAUUUAAUCGUGCCGAAUAGAAAUUGGAUAGAACUUUUUGUUAUACAGAAUGCAGUCUAAUGGCGUGUUGUGUAAUCAGAUAGAAAUCUUUAUCUUUGUAAUAUGCAUACAUAAGAACACUUGGAGUGAAUAAGUUUGUUUCGUUUGGAGCCAUUAAACGUUUCUAUGUCCGAAUAUUAAUUAACUCUCAUUAAAAUCAGAAGAAGUAUUGCAUUAGUAUUACAGUCCCGUGAUGAUCGGACGAAACCUAGUCAUUUACAUACGCACUUACGGAAACUUAUGUCCUAUUGCAGAUUACGAGUUUAAAUUUGAAAGAUUUUUUGUCAAUAUCGUUCAUUCCAGAGAAUGAAUGUCUCGCGUGUUUUCUGUGAAAUAUUUCUGUUAAUUAGUUGCCUCGAGAAAGUUUCAUUGCGACAAAGGACUCCGCUCAUUACUGGUUUUUUUUCCCACUUUGUGUUCUAGGGGAGUAAGAUAAAUCAAUAUGGCGACAGUGAAGGGUCGCGUAGAGUUCCUCUACGAAUAUACUUUGUACCGGGCACAGAAAUGCCUCUAAAGUGUUUUAUAACAUGAAAUUUUAAUCAGUAAUUCAAAAUAUGUAGUGUGUUUAUUAGAUAAUGUUAAUGGUAUUAUUGUUAUCAUUCGGUUUGAAGGUUGGAUGUCCGCGUAGAAUGCACGAAGGUAACAUAAUAGUCAGUGUUUUGAUAACUGGCCCUUCUGAGGCCCUCGCGCAAAAAAUAUUAGUUGGUGUCAUUGGAACAUUUCUUUAUUUAAAUCAAAUGUGAAAUUCUCAACAUCUGUGAAACUGAAUGUACGUAAUUUGACAACUAUAAGUUACGAUAUGAAGCGUAUUUUGUUUAAUUAAUUUGGCCGGCUUUGAACUGUUAGAACAUGAUUUUCACAAUAUACACCGAGUUUAUCUUCUUCUUAGCGGUGAAAUGUUGUGUGUUUUCUUUGCGGUACGGACUGAAUUCUUAAAUAUUAUUCGUACGUUAGAAAUAAACUUGUGACGCUCUGGCGUUUACAGAUGUACGUGAGAAUCUGUUUAUACAUUCCACACCAAAUUCUUGUAAGUACUAAGGUUAUAUUUUUCCCCUUGUGGAAUGAAAUCGCCGUACCUUCAAGUUGAUUAUAUUAGGAACUUUGAGAGGUUUUGUUGACGUAAAAACCGUGUUUCUUUUUACACUAAACUGGAGUAUAGCGAGCCAGGGAAUCUAUUUAUUAUUACUUGUGCAUACCAAAGUGAAAGACUGGUAAUGGUGAAGAUAUAUAUAUCGGUUGUUAUAAUACAGUUUCUCUGAAAAUAAUUAGUAAAUAUUAUAAAAUUCAAAUUAUAACUAAAAUUUAAACGACUUGACAGUGAUAUAUUUUAAACACAUACGAUACUCGUUCCUUUAUGAGUUUCUUAAGCCAAUUAAAAAAUGUUUGUGAUAUUUUUACAUCAUUUGGAGGUAAAAAAUAUCCUUUGAAAUUUUGUUCUUUUAUGCAUUGUAAACUGUCUGCGAUUGUAAAGGAAAUUGCGUCAUAUACUUAACACAGCUCAUGUCUCAAAUACGAUCACGGUUUCUUUAAAUGUAUGAUAUUUUGAUGACAUCCGAGCAACCAUUUAAUUGUUAUGUAUUUAUGUGCCUGGUGUAUGCGAAUCUCAGAGUUACCAUUAAAUAUCACUGAACUGAAAGAAAGAUAUAUUGUGUAACUAAGAAAUAUAUUCUUUGUGCUGAUUUGUAGCUGCCAGACGUAACGUAUUUUUAUUUUGAUAAAUAUAUCUGUGUUGAAUAAGAUAAAGUUGUUUAGAGUAUUAAAAAUGUUUGUACAUAAUUGUUUACGCUUGGAACGUAUUCAGAAAUAAGAUGUACAUGUGUGUAAAUAAGAAUGAAAAGAAUAAAAUGUAAAAGGUAAUGUUAUUUUAAA